AUGGCUUCUUCCGAUUCCAACCAGAGGAAAAUAGUGACGGAAUUCCCGGGCACGAUUCGAGUCUACGACGACGGCACGGUGGAGCGCCUCCGCGACACCGACUUCGUCCCUCCCUCCAUCUCCGUCGGCGGCGGCGGCGUCUCCUCCAAGGACGUCGUCAUCAACUCCAACUUCUCCGCCCGCCUUUACCUCCCUCCUCACUGCCACCGGAAACUCCCUCUCUUACUCUACUUCCACGGCGGCGCGUUCUGCAUCUCCUCCCCUUUCUGCGGGAAGUACCACCGCUACGUGUCCCGCCUCGCCGCCGAGGCGCGCGUCGUCGUGGUUUCCUUCGCGUACAGGCUAGCACCGGAGCAUCCGAUCCCAGCGGCGUACGAUGACGGACGGAAGAUCCCCGUCGUGGUGUACUACCACGGCGGAGCGUUCAUCGUGGCGUCGCCGGCGGAGCCCAUGUACCACCACGGCCUCAACCGCCUGGUACGGGAGGCAGAAGUUGUUGCUGUCUCGGUUGAUUAUAGAUUGGCGCCGGAGAACCCGCUCCCCGCCGCGUACGAAGAUUCGUGGGCCGCACUGGAAUGGCUCGCCGGCGGCGGAGGGAAAGUUGACGAGCCGUGGCUCCGGGAGUAUGCGGACUUCGAGAGAGUAUUCCUUGCAGCGGUACCCCAUAUGCUUGCAGGCGAUAGCGCCGGCGCUAACAUAAUCCACCACUUGGCACUCCGUCGGUGCCGGAGCUCACUGGCCGUAAAAAUUCACGGCCUAGUUAUGAUCCAUCCCUACUUCUGGGGAAAAGACCCAAUCGGAUUGGAGAAGGCGGACGGAGCGAGGAAAGCGAUGGUGGACAACUGGUGGACGUUCGUCUGCCCGUCGAACGAAGGCUGUGACGACCCGUACAUCAAUCCGUUUGUGGGCGGAGCCCCGCCAAGUGCGGAGGAGCUGGGCUGCCAGCGGGUGGCGAUUUUCGUGGCGGAGAGAGACAUUCUGUGCGACAGAGGGAAAGCUUACUAUCGUAGUUUGGCGAGAAGUGAGGGGCAGAAUGGUAAAGUGAGAGUGGAGUUGGUGGAGACGAAAGGAGAGGAUCAUAUUUUCCAUCUUUUUAAUCCUGAUUGUGAAGCGGCUGCGGGCUUGUUCGACAGUUGGGCUUCUUUCAUCAACCAUGAAUGA